GACAUUUGCCUUUGAAGUCAGUGGUUUUAAAGUCUUCUCCAGUAUUUAUUCCAUCAAGCAUGGCUGAGGAGAAAAAAGAAGUUAUUCAGAUAGAUGGCAGUUUAAUGGAAGGGGGAGGACAGAUCCUUAGAAACUCAGUUACUCUCAGCUGCUUGUUAAAUUGUCCUGUACAUGUGUAUAACAUUCGUGCUGGACGUUCAAAUCCAGGACUACGGCCACAGCACAUGACAGGAUUGCAGCUCGUUCGUGAUGUGUGUGCUGGAAGACUUGACGGUGAUACUGUUGGCUCUACUUCUAUUAAUCUUCAUCCAUCUAGGAUUAUUUCGGGAAAUUUUGUUGCUGAUACUAAGACAGCAGGGAGUAUCUGCCUAUUAAUACAAGUGGCACUGCCAUGCCUUCUGUAUGGUCCAUCAACAUCUCAACUGACACUCAAAGGAGGAACAAAUGCCGACAUGGCUCCGCCCAUUGACUACAUGAUCGAUGUAUUCAAGCCCGCUGCUGAAAAAUUUGGGGUUCAGUUUAAUCUUGAAAUAGAGAAAAGGGGAUAUUAUCCUAAAGGAGGCGGUAUAGUUCACGUCAAAGUCAAACCUGUCAAACAGCUUAGAGCAGUUCAGAUGGUAGAAUUUGGGUCUCUUGUUCGUCUGACUGGCUUUGCAUUUGUUGCUGGGGUGUUACCUUACAAGAUUGCCCAAACAAUGGCGCGAGAAGCAACAAAACUCCUCAAGAGACGGUACGGUGAUGUGCCAAUUGAUAUCAAAGCAGUACAAGAAUCGCAUGACAAGGCAGUGGGUAAUGGAACAGGGAUACAAGUUAUGGCAGAGACUUCAACUGGAUGCAGACUAGCUGGCAGUGCUCUAGGGAAAAAAGGUGUUCCAGCAGAACAGGUUGCUGCUGAUGCUGUAGAUCAACUGGUACAAAACUUAGAAUCUGGUGGGUGUGUCGACGAACACCUUCAAGACCAGCUGAUCAUUCUGAUGGCUCUUGCAGAAGGGAAGUCACAUGUUAAAGCAGGACCGCUAACCAUGCAUACCAAAACAGCCAUUCACGUUGCACAACUAGUAACCAAGGCGAAAUUUAAUGUCACUCCUUGUGAAGGUGACUCGAAGGAUGAAACAUGCUUUAUCGAAUGCGAGGGAAUUGGGAUGAUAAACACACAUCUAUGACAAAAAACACCUGCGUAGUAAUAGAACAACACUGACCAGCGCUCUAAUGUCCAACUGUAUCUGGACACCAGUCGCCGUCCACGACUCCGCACAAUGGAGAGCCACUCAACUUCUGCAAGUUGGGCUCAAUUUCAUAUGGUGUAUCAUCUUGUGUCGACUUACAAUGAUCGGCUUACACUGAAUGCACAAACUAAACACUGACGCGACUUUUUAUUUGAGGUGAAAGCUAUUUAUCAAUUCUCCAAAGAGAGAGACAAUACAAGCUCCUAAUUUCAAAUAAAAUUCUGGAAUCUGA